AUGGACCAAACUCCCGACGCCGACGUCCCACCCCCCAUGUCCCGCGUCAAGCAGAACCGCAUCGACAUCUGGCGCAACGAGGUCGCCGCCCUCACCCUCGACACAGCCCUCGACACAAGCGACGACCCGUCCCGCCACUCCCCGCCCCCAUCCUCCGCGACCUCGUCCGCCUCCUCCUCCAGCAGCUUCCUCUCCCUCUCCUCCCCCACCUCGAGGGGCCGCCGCUUCUGGCGCCGCCUCAGCCACCGCCUCACCGGGAGGCCCCUCGACCCCUCGCCUCCCGACGUCGCCAGGACGGACAUGUACCGCACAGAGCAGCAGUCGUCCUCCCCUCGGCAUACCGCCCCCAAGGACCUGGGCAGGAGGCACACGGCGGAAGCAGCCUUGGGCGAGGAGAGCAGCCGCGACGGGCUCCAGGGCGCGUUGGGCGCCAAGCAGGACCGGCUGGAGCGGGCGGCGAGGCUACUCGAGGAGGGCCCCGUGCGGGAAUGA